AAGUGAUGAUCUAGGAAAAAGUUUUGACAAUUUAGCGCUGUGGGGGAGCGCAACGGGAGUUCUUAGAAUUUAUAGAUGGCCCAUUCUAAAAAUAUAGUUCAUUUAAUUCGUUAAAAAAUACUGCUGUAAGAGCAUGUUUUUUACAAAAUGGCAGCAUUAGCUGCGCAUUGUGUAAACAAACCAGAAACCGAACCGAGCUCAGCUAUAUUUUUCAAAUGGUAAUAAUUACCACAUCAAGGUACGCGAAACAACGAAGAUAGCAGUGUUCUUUAGUGAAAGAUGGUGAAGUUACUGAAAGAUUUAUGUCUUCAGCAUAUUGCUUUAAAUAUAAACUUGUAUCGUGAUUUGGCAGAGGUUUUAACGCAUCAGCAAAAAGAACUUUUAAUUAAAAGAAUGGCUACUCAUAACUUGUUUACAGUUGAUCGCAUAAGAUCAAUAUCGAACAAUCUGUUUAGUAAAGGUCUUAAGAGACUUGAAUUGCACAAUACUUCCUUGGUUAAUGAUGGAUUCUUGAAGAAGCUAUCUCAAUCAGAAUGCUUAUUUGAGUACAUUAGCAUUACAAAUUGUAAAGAAACAACUGAUAAAGGAUUUUCAGCGAUAUUAAAUGGACAGCGAAAUCUUUAUUAUCUGAAGUUGAAGACUCUUCCUUGUGUAAAUGGUCUUUGUCUAAGCCGACUAGAAUCUUUAAAAUUACGUAAGUUGGUAUUAAAGAAUUUGAGCAAUCUCAAAGAUCAAUAUGUGGUGCAGGCAGUGUCGAAUUGUCCAACAGUUAGCUGGGUUGGUUUGCAAUACUGCAGAGAUUUGACUGAUGCGUGUGUUAUGGCAGUAGCGGCUGUUCUGAAAGGAAACUUAAAUAUUCUUCGGAUAUCAGGCAUAUCCAAAAUAACUGACCAAGCCUUGGAAUGUUUGGUAAAAAACUGUACAAAUUUAAAGGAAUUACAGGUUUAUGGUUGCAACAAACUGCAUGAAGAAAGUAUCAACGAGAUUCUGUGCGAAUUAAAUUUGACGAGCAUCGAUAUAUCCUAUACUUGUGGGUAUGGAAGUGAAAUUGCAAACUUAAAUUCAAAUUGCUUCUCCGAAUCUUUACACAAGUUUAUCAGCUGUGGCGUCCAAAUGGUUGAAAAUGUUUUGGUAGAUUUGGCAGUCCAUUGUCCACUGAUAACAUCUUUGGAGCUGUGUGGUAUAGAUGGUGUAACUGAUAGAUCGAUUAGGAAUAUCACAGCUGCUAUCGGACCAAAUUUAAGAGAGAUUGACUUAAGCUAUUGUGGAAAUUUAACAGAUGAAGGUAUUGGGUUUAUAAUGCGCAGGUGUACAAAACUGGAAGCCUUGUCUUUACAAUUUUACACUGGCGUGUGCGAACCAUUACGGAUGCUGGCUCAUCCUGAGAACAAAGAACAGGCUAGAUGUAUGAAACGGUUGUUUCUGCCUGGUUGUCGAAAUUUUGACGUUUCAAUUCUACGUGCGAUUCUACCCUACCUGUCGAACUUAAGAGACUUCAACAUGGCUGCGAUAAGAGACUUCACUGAUGACUUACUCUUCUUAGUGGCCUGGCACUGUCCCUUGGUGAGCAGCAUCAAUUUAAAAGGAUGUAAAUUGGUAACUGACGCUGGAGUAUGUGUGUUAGUCCAGUACCUGAAGUUGGUAGAUGUUGUUUUAUCUGGUGUGAACUAUUUAACUGACAAACCAAUUUUUAUGAUGGCUAGUAGUAGUGUUGCAAGUUCUUUGGAGAAGUUGUAUGUCUCUGGAUGUCACCUCAUAUCGUCACAUGUGUUGCAGUAUCUCAAGGAUGUAAGUGUCAAAGGUGUUGUGGUCCAGCAUCGAAUCCCUGGCGUACCGUCCAGUCAAAUAAUGGCUAGAAAUUUGGAUACUGGUGAAUUUUGUCGUGCAGACUUGUUGUUAUAAUGUAGAUAUUGUAUAGUAUGUAAAUGUUUAUAUUAAAAAGGUUUUAUAUGCUGAUAAAAUAUAUUCUUGUUAACACCUUA